GCGGCGCAAGACGCGGGGCCGCAAUGUGGUGCUUGCAGCCGACUAGUACGGGUCGGUCUGACAGCGUCUGUGCCACCGGCGCGAGUUAGCAGGCAGCCCUGCGUUGCUCGCUCCUGAGCGGCAGGAUGUCACGGACUGCAGCUGCAGCUGCAGCCACAGGCGGCCGGCCUUCCACCUCGCCCGCUGCCGCCACUGCCGGCCUGCAGGCGGUGAGCAGCAAACGAGUGCCGCCGCUGCGCGGCGUGCCAGGCGGCCAGUACGCCGCCGGCAGCCUGGCCGUUGGCGGCGCUGGCGUUCCCUUCGCCGCCGCAGCCGCCGCCGCCGGGCCCUCGGCUAAGGCUGCAGCCGCCGCGGGGACGCCGUUGUUGGGCCGCCAUCCGUUACCACAGCAGCGACACCCCAGCCCGCGCGGCCAGGACAGCUCCUCAGCCGACGCGGGCGUCUCAGGCAUUGGAGCGCUGUUGCUGAGCACCGGCGGCGCCGCCUCCGCCGGCGCAAGCGCCUCCGCCAGCCCUUCCGCUGGCACCUGCAACAACGCGUCCCGCUUGGGCCUGGCCUUGGCCGGCGGCGUGGGCAGCGGCAGCGCCGUGCGCGGCUGUAGCUUGGGAGCGGCGCUAGUCAGCGCCGACGCCAGCGGCAGCGGUAACAGCAACAGCGAAGCAGCUGUGUGCACGGGUGUGAUUGUGGGCCCGGGGCCCAACACGGCUGCGUGAUGAAUGCGGGCGAUCCCACGCCAGUGCGCCAGUGUUGGUGCAGGGGCCAGGGCUCGGGCUGGGGAGCGGCGGGCUGUUGUCGUCAUCGGUGUACGCAUGCUCUGCCGUGCCUCUGCUGCAGUGGCAACUUUCGGAGCUUGUUGCAACCCCAAUUCGAUGUGGGUUGGAAGGAAGUCACGGAAGGAAGUCUACAAGAUGCAAGCAUGUACAAACGAAGAACGCGCACCCAUUCAUGCAUGCUGGAAUCCGGAGGCGAGAUGCCCUGGACCAUUGCUUACCCAUUGUGGCGUGACCCAAAGCAUCCAAACUGCGUUUCUUGUCUAGGCACAAAGUGCACUAAGGCAGCGGUGUUCUGUAGGUGUCCAGCUCAAGAGGAGGCAGAACAGUUUAUACGUGGUGUCAUGAUAUGAUGUAUUGUAUACUUGCUGCUUUCAGAACCACCAGCGGCAGGCCAGCAAUACGCAUGCUGCCUGCCCUGUGGCCAGGGUUGCGCUGUCCAUUACAUACCAAACCGUUUGUCCUGAACCCAGGCGCACCGACAAACUGUGAGCAACAGUGCUUUGUGUUUGCGGGACGGGAGUGCAUUGCCCUUAGCAGUACGGAUUCCGGCAGCUGCGGACACACAACACUGCCGGAGCGCUUGGUGCCCGCGGGAGGCACCGUAUGCAGGUGUUGCGGGCGUUUUGGUUUGUUGGAGUUCUUAAGACCCUGAGCCAAGGGCUGUGAUAUGGGAUGGAGUGGGAUGGGAUGGGAUGGGGGCCGCGAUUGCGCGGUAGCGAUGUGGGCGUUGGCUUGCAAGGCAGGCAUGGAGGUGUGGUGGGCCAGGCAUCAAGUGCACCGCUUGCCAGGCUGCGGGUCGAUGCGAGGCGAGGUCCAGGCGACACCAACAAUCAGCGCCUUUCCAAAGGAUGUGAGAGGUUAGCGCUACGGAUGGAGUGGCACUGGUGAUUGGGGGUGUACUGCACUUACCGCGAGGCAGCCUCUGACUGUGGCCGCAAAGCGCAGCGCGGAUGCCGGGCCCUACUUUGCUAUCCGCUGCCAAAGCUUGUUUGUUACGAUGAACCUCGCGUGCUGAACUCCUGUGCGAUUUGGCGUACACCGCAAUACGGUAUGCUUCAUGCGAUAUGGCUGUGGGUUUGAGAGUUCCAAUGAUAGCGGUGCACCAACUCCGCUAGAUUUGUCGCAAAGCAGAUCCGGUUGUGUAGUACGGCACAUGAUGACAGGAUAUUGGUGAAAGUGGGCUGCGCCCACGCCAUGUCUCUAGUCUGAGGCCACAAGCGUCUUCCUCUAAGGGUGAAGAGUAGCCCUGGAUUGGGGCGGAUAAAGUGCGGCCGGGCGCUUCUACCGCGGCGCACCGUGCACUGGGGCCAUGCACCAAUAAACGUGGUGGAAUGUUGCAGUGCACUCUUUAAGGUACUGCUUUAAGGUGCAUCUGCAGGCAUAAUGCAGUGCACUGCUUUAAGGUACUGAUUUGAGAUGCAUCUGCUAGCAUUCAUCACGUGCUGCUUUGUACGUCGUACUGGGAAGCUCGAGGUUGCGGGUAGCAAGUAAAGAAGCUUCGUGGCAUGUUGCUUUUGUUUAGGUGGCCGUGAACGUUGUAGGGCGGCCGGAGGCAUGGACAGUGAAAUUCUAGUACGGUACACAAGUGCAGGCCUGCAAGAAUGGUGCAUGGGUGCACUGAGCAUAAUGCGUAUGUUCUGAACCAUACCGCGGCUGGGUCAAGCACACGACGCAGGCUAUGUUUUAACACAGAACUGGAGGCAGGUCGACAGCAUCGCCACCUCUUCCUUUAUUUAGGCGACAGCCUUUGCAGGACUGACAAUGAUGACAUUCAUGUUGCGGAGGGUGGAGGUUGGCGCGUUCUCCCGGUGAUGCGAGUCGCGGUAAAAACCUUACGCAUGAGUAGUGUUGUGAGGUGUCAUUCGUUUUUUGUGUGUAGGGGCGAAGCCCCCCAGGAACACCCCUGUCCGUGGCUGGUGCGUCGGCAAAACAUAGCAUACUGGCGCAAACCGCGGCUGCUACGUAUUAGUAUGUGUUAAUGCCUAUUGCAUGUAAAUAGGUGGCAGGGAAAAUUCGGGCGGAGCGAGAAGUGCCUUCGCACGUCCAUGGACAAUUGACUUUCGCGAGGUUGCCCGAAAAGCAAGCCAUGGCUUUGCGCAGUAUGACUUCUGUACGUCGUAAAUGUACUACAAAGACACAGCAGACGGCGAGCCGUCAUAAAGAGCCUGUCACCGUUGUCCAUUUCUGUAGCGGCUCGCUCUCACGCCUCUUUCUUCCUGGUCCGAGCGCAACCCCCAGUGGACGCGUCCGGACCAGCCAUGGCACCGAAGCGGCGCCGAGACGAAGCUGAGAAGGCGGAGUAGUUAGUAGGCGCCCGCGUCAAGGUGGCUGGGUUGAUAACGACCCGGGAUCAGCCCUUUUCCUGCCAUAAGGCAGCCACCUCCUUGUUUGUGUGUAGCAGUCGUUGUACCUUGCCAAUAGCUGAGAAGUAGAGCGGGCUGUUCGUAACUGCCCGAUGCUCAAUAAAGCUGACGCUAUGGUGACCGCGCAAGUGAGCGUUUUAAGCAGCCAGCUGCAAUGCGCUGUGUAAAGAUGCGUACGG